GAGGACUCAUGAUGCCCCCCUCUUCUUUGGUGUUCUCCACUUGCCAUCUUGCUAGGAUUCUGGUCAAGAAUGAACAUAGCGGCUGUGUUCAAUGCCUUGCUAGUGUCUGCCCUUGCAGCGGUACUGUGGAAAUAUAUCAAGCUGCGAGACCACAUCUCUGUGCUGGAAGAGGAGCUAGUCCUCACCCGCCAGUCCCAGGAGCUCUUGCAGGUCCGGGUCGACUACCAUGCUGCACUCCAGGCCCUGGUGGAAGAUGGCACCCGAAUGGUGUGCACCGGCAGGAUGCACACCGAUCGAAUCUGUCGUUUCGAGUCGCUGUGUUAUUCCACGGAGGCAGAGGAGUUUGUCUUCUUCCACAGCAAUUACUCUGUCAUGCUUCCCAACCUGGGCUCCAGAAGGUUCCAGCCUGCCCUCCUUGAUCUGUCCUCCGUGGAGGACCACAACACGCAGUAUUUCAACUUUGUAGAGCUGCCGGCUGCAGCAUUGAAAUUUAUGCCAAAGCCGGUUUUUGUCCCCGACGUGGCACUGAUUGUGAAUCGGUUCAAUCCGGACAACUUGAUGCAUGUCUUUCACGAUGAUCUCCUCCCGAUCUUCUACACCAUGCAGCAGUUCCCGGAUUUGGAUGUGGAGUCGCGGUUGUUUUUCAUGGAAGGGUGGGGGGAAGGGCUACACUUUGAGCUGUACAAACUGCUGAGUAACAAGCAGCCGCUCUUGAGAGAGCAGCUUAAAACCCUCGGGCGGCUCCUUUGCUUUACCAAGUCGUACGUGGGACUGUCAAAAAUCACAACAUGGUAUCAGUAUGGCUUUGUUCAGCCCCAGGGGCCAAAGGCCAACAUCCUGGUCUCUGGCAACGAGAUCCGACAGUUCUCAAAGUUCAUGAUGGAGAAGCUGAAUGUUAGCUCGGAAGGAAUGCCUCAUGAGGAAUAUAUUAUAGUGUUCAGCCGAACUAUAAACAGACUAAUUCUAAAUGAGGCAGAGCUUAUCUUGGCGCUUGCCCAAGAGUUUCAGAUGAAAACCAUUACAGUUUCCCUAGAAGAUCAUACGUUUUCAGAUAUCGUUCGCUUGAUCAGCAAUGCGUCCAUGCUAGUUAGCAUGCAUGGAGCCCAGCUAGCAAUGUCUCUCUUCCUGCCAAGGGGAGCCACUGUUGUAGAACUCUUCCCUUACGCUAUCAACCCUGAACAUUACACCCCUUACAAAACGUUGUCUACGCUUCCAGGCAUGGAUCUUCAGUACAUCGCCUGGCACAACACUGAGAAGCAGAACACUGUGACCUACCCAGACAGGCCCUGGGAUCAAGGCGGGAUUGCUCACUUAGACAAAACCGAACAAGACCGCAUCAUGAGAAGCGCCGAAGUUCCCCGGCAUCUCUGUUGCCGAAACCCAGAGUGGCUUUUCCGGAUCUACCAGGACACAAAAAUUAACAUUGCCUCCCUUAUCCAAGUGAUCAGGCAAACAGUCAAAUCGAAGCCUGGGCCCAAGAGACAGAAGUGGGCUAGCGGGCUCUACCCGGGCAAAGUCCGAGAUGCCAAAUGCCAGGCCUCUGUCCAAGGAACCACUGAGGCGAAGCUCUCUGUGUCUUGGCAGAUCCCUUGGAACCUCAAAUACCUGAAAGUCAGGGAGGUGAAAUAUGAAGUGUGGAUACAAGAGCAAGGAGAAAACACGUACAUGCCUUACAUCUUGUCCCAUCAGAAUCAUACGUUUUCGGACAACAUCAAGCCCUUCACGAACUAUCUGGUGUGGAUUCGCUGCAUUUUCAACAAAAAUCUCCUGGGACCCUUUGCAGACGUGCUGUUGUGUAGCACGUAAACGGCCACCCCGUUUGGGGGGACGCUGCCCCGGCAAGUGGGUUAAAGAGAAACAAGCUGGUCCAAUCAUUCUGUAGUCUUGAGAGAACUGAAAAGGACUACAGACCAUGUUAGUGCCUAAGUGUCCAUUCGAUUGCAUUCAGUGUGUCUUCUCUUCCCUGUGUGGAAUUAUUUCCAGUUGGUGUGUAAAGGGUUUU